CCGCGGAGACGCGGAGACUAUGGAUCCGGAGCGUCUUUCCCCCCGUUAAAAAAAAAAACUUCACUAUGAGGGAUAAAAGCAAGACGCGGUGCUGGGAGCGGGAGAGUUAAGGCUUUCGUUCAAGUUGGAUGGGACUGUGGCAGUUUUUCACACAAGCAUGGAGCUCCCGACGCGCUGGAUCUGGGUUUGUGUCCUGUUCACCGCGCCGCUUGCGGGAUGUUUGGAGAUGCACCUCUCGGAGACUCUGCAGCCCGGGACUCUCCUGGCCAACCUGUCCCUCGGCCCCGGGUGGACUUAUAAACUCGACAGGACUUUUACGCACAAAUCCAUCCAGAGCCUUUUCCAAGUUGAGAAACGCAGCGGAGUUGUCCGUCUGUCCCGCAAGGUCCAGUGCGCGCACACGCACAGGAACCCGGCUCCGGUGUAUUUCCGAGCAGGUUCCUCCGGCCGCGGGGACGUUAUUGUGACGCAUUUCAGCGUGUUUGUGCACGGCCAGGACUGCUUUAUUAAAUAUAAGAGAAAGAAUGCGUCAGCUGAGCCCGACGUUCACAUUAAACACCUUUCAAAAGUGGAUCCCACUUCCUGCUUACCCGCAGGUACGUCGUUUUUGAAUGUAACAGAACUUUUGCCCGGCUUUGCGCGCGGCACAACCUUUUCGGACAGUGGAUGUGUCGGCAAAGACUUGGUGGCGGUGUUCAGGCUUGGGGAUCUGUUCCUGGUCAGUGACUUGUGUCUUGGGCACAGUGGAGAGCGUGAGGUGAGCGUGCACUGCGCCCUGCUCGCCUCCCCCAGCAGCCGCCUCUCAGUGCAGAUCACUGUGACGCUCCUGGAGCAGCAGGGUGUCUCCAAAAACACCCAGAGAAAGCCCGACGCGUUCAUCCACAGAGGGAAGAGACAGGUCAACUCGGCUCCCCAGUUCCAGCUGCUGAACUAUCAGGUGUCUGUGCCCGAGAACGAGCCUGCGGGAACCCGGGUGAUCACCCUGGAAGCCACCGACCCGGAUGAUGGAGCUGCAGGGAGGCUGGAGUACAGCAUGGAAGCCCUGUUCGACAGGAGGUCAAAUGACUUUUUCGACAUGAACGCACGGACGGGGAGCAUAACAACCGCCCAGGCGCUGGACAGGGAGGUCAAAGACACGCAUGUGUUCAAAGUUACCGUCACUGACAAUGGCACCCCCAAACGAUCCGCCACUUCCAUCCUCACCAUCACCGUGAGUGACACCAACGACCACAGCCCCGUGUUUGAGCAAAACGAAUACAGGGUGCGCAUCCGUGAGAACGUAGAGGUGGGAUAUGAAGUGAUGACAGUCCGGGCGACCGAUGGGGACGCUCCCUCCAACGCCGACAUGAUUUAUGAAAUUGUGAACGAUGAAGGAAUCAACUCUGUGUUUGUGAUCGACCCACGCAAUGGACUGGUGAAGAUCAGAGAGCGGCCCGACCGUGAAACCCGGGCCCAGUACCAGCUGAUCGUCGAGGCGAAUGAUCAGGGCAAAGACCCGGGUCCCCGAAGCGCCACGGCCACUGUCAACAUCUACGUUGAAGACGAAAACGACAACUACCCCCAGUUCAGCGAGAAGCGGUAUGUGGUUCAGGUCCCAGAGAAUGUGGCGGCCAAUACCAAAGUCAUCCAGGUGGAAGCAACGGAUAAAGACGAGGGGAACAACGCCAAAGUUCACUACAGCAUCAUCAGCGGCAACAUUAAAGGGCAGUUCUACAUUCACUCCCCCACUGGCGUGAUCGACGUCAUCAAUCCACUGGACUAUGAGUCAAUUCGGGAGUAUAACUUGAGGAUUAAAGCUCAGGAUGGUGGUAGGCCGCCUCUGAUAAACGGCACUGGGAUGGUGGUGGUGCAAGUGGUGGACGUCAACGAUAACGCCCCCAUGUUCGUCAGCACGCCGUUCCAGGCCACCGUGUUGGAAAAUGUGGCAGUUGGGUACUCCGUCAUUCACACCCAAGCAAUCGACGGCGAUUCUGGAGAAAACGCCCGUCUGGAGUACCGACUGACAGAUACCACGCCCGGCUUUCCGUUCACCAUCAACAACAGUACCGGCUGGAUUACAGUGAGCGAGGAACUGGACAGGGAGACCACUGAAUACUACACGUUUGGCGUGGAGGCGAGAGAUCACGGCAUCCCUGUCAUGUCCUCGUCAGCCAGCGUCAGCAUCACCGUGCUGGAUGUGAACGACAACGUGCCCACUUUCACGGAGAAGACGUACUCAUUAAAAAUCAACGAAGACGCCGUCGUGGGGACCAGCGUCCUCACGAUGACGGCCGUCGAUCGGGACGUGAACAGCGUGGUGACGUACCAGCUCUCCAGCGGCAACACCAGGAACCGCUUUGCCAUCACCAGCCAGAGCGGCGGCGGUCUCAUCACGUUAGCCCUCCCCCUGGACUACAAGCAGGAACGCCAGUACGUGCUGACAAUCACGGCCAGCGACGGGACGCGCUACGACACCGCCCAGGUCUUCAUCAACGUCACGGACGCCAACACGCACAGGCCCGUCUUCCAACACGCCAACUACCAGGUGAUGGUCAGCGAGGAAAAGCCAGUGGGCUCCACCGUGGUGGUGAUCAGCGCCAUUGACGAGGACACGGGUGAAAAUGCCCGCAUAACGUAUGUGAUGGAGGAUAAUGUUCCUCAGUUUAAGAUCGACCCAGAUACUGGUGCCAUCACAACACAAAUGGAGAUUGACUAUGAAGACCAGGCCUCCUACACGUUGGCCAUCAUCGCCAGGGACAACGGCAUUCCUCAGAAAUCUGACACUACUUAUGUGGAGAUUAUCAUCCUGGAUGCGAAUGACAACGCUCCUCAGUUUCUCAGAGAUAUGUACCAGGGGACUGUGUUAGAAGAUGCACUAAUUUACACUAGUGUGCUUCAGAUCUCCGCUUCAGACCGGGAUUCUGGCUCGAAUGGCAGGGUGAGCUACACAUUUCAAGGUGGGGACGAUGGAGAUGGAGACUUUAUGAUAGAACCGUACUCUGGUAUCGUCAGGACUCUUCGCAAACUGGACCGAGAGAACGUCCCCGUUUACAAUCUCAAAGCUUUCGCUGUGGAUAAGGGGGUGCCACCCCUGAGAGCGGCUGUGCCCGUUCAUGUCAUCAUCCAAGACGUCAACGACAACGCUCCCGUGUUUGAGAAGGACGAGCUUUUCAUCGACGUAAAGGAGAACAGCGCGGUGGGUUCGGUCGUGGCCCAGAUCACUGCCACCGACCCAGACGAGGGAACCAAUGCUCAGAUCAUCUACCAGAUCAUCGAAGGGAAUUUUCCUGAAGUGUUCCAGCUGGAUAUUUUCAACGGCGAGCUCGUUGCUCUCACAGACCUGGAUUACGAGACAAAAACAGAGUAUGUCAUCGUGGUCCAGGCGACGUCUGCCCCUCUAGUGAGCCGGGCCACUGUGCACAUCCGCCUCGUCGACCUGAAUGACAAUGAACCCGUUUUGCAAAACUUUGAGAUCAUUUUCAACAACUACGUCACGAACAAGUCCAACAGUUUUCCGUCUGGAGUAAUUGGAAGGGUACCAGCUCACGACCCGGAUGUGUCGGAUAAAUUACGGUACCAUUUCGAGUCUGGGAACGAGCUCAAUCUGCUGCUGCUGAACAAAGACACCGGGGAGCUGAGGCUGAGCAGGGCUCUGGACAACGACAGAGCCCUGGAAGCACCCAUGAUGAUCUCCGUCACAGACGGCCUCCAUAGCAUCUCGGCGCGCUGCACGCUGCGGGUCACCAUCAUCACCGACGACAUGCUGACCAACAGCAUCACGGUGCGCCUGGAGAACAUGUCCCAGGAGCGCUUCCUCUCGCCGCUGCUCGGCCUCUUCCUGGAGGGCGUGGCGGCCGUGCUCUCCACCAAGCGGGAGGAGGUGUUCGUGUUCAACGUCCAGAACGACACCGACGUGCAGGGCUCCAUCCUCAACGUCACCUUCUCGGCGCUGCAGCCCGGAGGCGCCCCGGGGAAAGGGGCGUUCUUCCCCUCCGAGGAGCUCCAGGAGCAGAUCUACCUCAACAGGACGCUGCUCAGGCUCAUCUCCUCUCAAGAGGUGCUGCCGUUCGACGAUAACAUCUGCCUGCGGGAGCCCUGUGAGAACUACAUGAAGUGUGUGUCGGUGCUGAAGUUCGACAGCUCCCCGCCCUUCAUCGCCUCAGACACGGUCCUGUUUCGGCCCAUCCACCCCAUCAACGGCCUGCGCUGCCGCUGCCCCCUCGGUUUCACCGGCGACUACUGCGAGACCGAGAUCGACCUCUGCUUCUCGGGGCCCUGCCAGAACAACGGGAGGUGCCGCAGCCGAGAGGGGGGCUACACCUGCGAGUGCAUGGAGGAUUUCACCGGGGAGCACUGUGAGCUCAACGCGUCGUCGGGCCGGUGCGUGCCCGGCGUGUGCAAGAACGGCGGCGAGUGCGUCAACCGGCUGGCGGGCGGCUUCAUGUGCCAGUGUCUGCCGGGGGAGUUCGAGAAGCCCUACUGCGAGAUGACCACCCGCAGCUUCCCCGGGCAGUCCUUCAUCACCUUCAGAGGCCUGAGGCAGCGCUUCCACUUCACCGUCUCCUUCACGUUUGCCACCAGAGAAAGGAACGCUCUGCUGCUCUACAACGGCAGGUUCAACGAGAAACACGACUUCAUCGCGCUGGAGAUCAUCGAUGAACAGAUUCAGCUCACCUUCUCCGGAGGUGAGACGAAGACCUCUGUGUCUCCAUAUGUCCCCGGCGGGGUCAGUGACGGCCAGUGGCACUCCGUCCAGCUCCAUUACUACAACAAGCCCAACAUUGGGCGACUUGGCCUCCCUCAUGGACCCUCCGGAGAGAAAGUCGCCGUGGUCGCCGUGGACGACUGUGACAUCUCCAUGGCGAUCCGCUUCGGAAAGCAGAUCGGAAACUACUCCUGCGCCGCUCAGGGAGCCCAGACUGGACAGAAGAAGUCUCUCGACUUGACCGGUCCGCUGUUGCUCGGCGGGGUUCCCAAUCUGCCGGAGGACUUCCCAGUCAGGAACCGAGAUUUUGUGGGCUGCAUGAGGAACCUGAGCAUCGACAGCAGGCCCGUCGACAUGGCCAGCUACAUCGCCAACAACGGCACCACGGCAGGUUGUCCGGCGAAGAAGAACUUCUGCACGGGCGACGUGUGUCAGAACGGAGGCGUGUGCAUCAGCAAGUGGAGCACCUACAGCUGCGACUGUCCCAUCGGUUACGGCGGGAAAAACUGCGAGCAGGUCAUGCCGUCUCCUCAGUUCUUCGACGGCCAGGCGCUGGUGUCCUGGAGCGAGCCGGACGUCACCGUGGCCGUUCCCUGGUACAUGGGCCUCAUGUUUCGCACCAGGCAGCCUGCCGGUACUCUGAUGCAGGCCAAUGCUGGAUCGUCUUCCACCAUCAACCUCAUGGUGAGCCAGCAGCAAGUCCGCAUGGAGGUGCUGCUCAGGCAGCAGCUGGUGGCAUCCCUGAGCUUCUCCCAGGUCCGCGUCAACGACGGGGAAUGGCACCACUUGCUGGUCGAGCUGACGAGCGUCAAAGACGGCAAGGACAUCAAAUACGUGGCCGCCGUGUCCCUGGACUACGACAUGUACCAGAGGUCGGUGGUGAUUGGAAAUGACCUCCCGGGUUUGAAGCUACAAACUCUUCACGUUGGAGGUCUGCCUGGAGAGGGGAACCACGUCAUCAAGGGAUUCGUCGGCUGCAUACAAGGUGUGCGUAUGGGCGAGACGUCCACCAAUGUGGCAAACAUCAACAUGGCUCAGGGCCUGAAGAUCCGCGUGGAGGACGGCUGCGACCUGGCCGACCCCUGCGACUCCAACAUCUGCCCCGAGAACAGCCACUGCAGCGACGACUGGAGCACGCACACCUGCGUCUGCGACCCGGGGUACUUUGGGAAGGAGUGUGUGGACGCCUGUCAGCUCAACCCUUGUGAGCACGUCUCCACUUGCGUCCGCAAGCCGAGCUCCUCCCACGGCUACACCUGUGAAUGCGGACUGGAUUACUACGGCCAGUACUGCGAAAACAAAGUGGAGAGGCCUUGUCCUCAGGGCUGGUGGGGCAGUCCCAUGUGCGGCCCCUGCAACUGCGACACAAGUCGAGGAUUCCAUAAAGACUGCAACAAGACCACUGGAGAGUGUCGCUGCAAGGACAACUACUACCGCCCAAAGGGCGAGGACACAUGCUACCCCUGCGAGUGUUUCUCCACCGGCUCCGAGUCUCGAACGUGCGACCCCGUCACUGGGCAGUGCCUCUGCAAGGGGGGCGUCAUCGGGCGCCAGUGCAACCGAUGCGAUAACCCCUUCACUGAAGUGACCGCCACCGGAUGCCAGGUGGUGUAUGAAGUCUGCCCGAAGGCCUUCGAUGCCGGCAUCUGGUGGCCCAGGACCAAGUUUGGGCGCCCUGCUGCCAUGAACUGUCCCAAGGGAUCCCUGGGUACUGCCAUCCGCCACUGCAGUGAGAAGGGCUGGCUUUCACCUGAACUCUUCAACUGCACCACAGUCACCUUCACUCAUCUGAAGAAAAUGAACGAGGACCUGCGUCGCAACAGUUCGAGGAUGGACGGUGAGCUCUCCAAAGCCAUCGUGCGCUCGCUUCACAGCGCCACCAACGACACGCCGCAUUACUUCGGCAACGACGUGAAGAUGGCGGGCCAGCUGCUGAACGACGUGCUGCAGUACGAGAGCCGGCAGGAAGGCUUCGACCUCACCGCCAUGAGGGACGCAGAGUUCAAUGAGAACCUGGUGCGAGCCGGCAGCGCCAUACUGGAUCCUGAAAACAAAGACCACUGGGAGCAAAUCCAGAGGACGGAGGGCGGGACCGCGUAUCUGCUCCGCAGCUUUGAAGACUACGCCAACACGCUGGCCCAGAAUGUCAGAAAGACCUACCUGAAACCCUUCACCAUCGUCACGGAGAACAUGAUUCUGACCGUGGACUACUUGGAUGUGUCGGACCCAGAGAAAGCCACGUUCCCUCACUUCGGCGACAUCCACGAGACGUACCCCAAAGAGCUGGGCUCCUCCGUCCACUUCCCGCAGUUUACCCUGCGCCCUCAGGUCCACAAAGUCGUGGAGCAAACUCCUGCCCCCCCAGCUCAGACCGAUGCCCCCGUGGAGGAGGAGCACACGGUGUCUGACAGGAAACGGCGCCACCUGGAGCCCGCCGCCCCUCUGCCCGUCGCCGUGGUGAUCGUGUACAAGUCACUGGGGAUGCUCCUUCCGGAGAAAUUCGACCCCGACCGCAGGACUCUGAGGGUCCCCAACCGUCCAGUGAUCAACUCGGCCAUCGUGAGCGCCACCGUCCACAGUGAGGGUCCGCCUCUUCCCACCAUCCUGGAUCCCCCGAUCACCCUGGAGUACACGCUGCUGGAGACCGAGGAGCGGACCAAGCCCGUGUGUGUGUACUGGGAUCACUCCAUCAGCAUCGGAGGUACCGGCGGCUGGUCCUCCAAAGGCUGCGAGGUGCUCAACAGGAACAGCAGCCACAUCAGCUGCCAGUGUAACCACAUGACCAGCUUCGCCGUGCUGAUGGACAUUUCCAAGAGAGAGCACGGCGACGUCCUCCCCCUGAAGAUCGUCACCUACACCAUGGUGUCGGUUUCCCUCUUCCUCCUCCUCCUCACCUUCAUCCUGCUGUGCCUCUUACGCCGGCUCCGCUCCAACCUCCACGCCAUCCACAGGAACCUGGUGGCGGCUCUCUUCUUCUCCGAGCUCGUCUUCCUGCUUGGCAUCAAUCAGACCGACAACGUGUUUGUGUGCACGGUGAUCGCCAUCCUCCUGCAUUACUUCUACAUGUGCACCUUCGCCUGGAUGUUCGUGGAGGGGCUGCACAUCUACCGCAUGCUGACCGAGCUGCGCAACAUCAACCACGGGCACAUGAGGUUCUACUACGCCAUGGGCUGGGGAAUCCCGGCCAUCAUCACCGGCUUGGCUGUAGGCCUGGAUCCUCAGGGUUAUGGAAAUCCAGACUUCUGCUGGCUUUCUGUCCACGACACACUCAUCUGGAGCUUUGCUGGACCCAUCUUUGUGGUCGUUCUGGUGAACAUAGUGAUCUUCAUCCUGGCUGCGAAGGCGUCGUGUGGCCGCAGGCAGAAGGCUGCAGAGAAGUCGGGCGCCAUUCCUGCACUGAGGAUGGCUUUCAUCCUCCUGCUGCUCAUCAGCGCCACCUGGCUGCUCGGCCUGAUGGCCGUCAACAGCGACAUCAUGCUCUCCCACUACCUGUUCGCUGUUUUCAGCUGCUUGCAGGGCAUCUUCAUUUUCUUUUGCCAUGUGAUCUUCAACAAAGAGGUGAGGAAAAACCUCAAGAAUGUCUUCACUGGAAAGAAGAGCGUCCCGGAUGAGUCCAGCACCACGAGGGCGUCUUUGCUCACACGUUCCCUCAACUGCAACAACACGUACACGGAGGACGGCCUGUACCGCUCGGGCAUCGGGGAGUCCACCGUGUCCCUGGACAGCACGCUCAGGUCAGCCAAGAGCCGCAGCAGCUACCUGGCUUACGCACUCAGGGAGGAGUCAGGCCAGAAGCCCAGCUUUUCUUCAGGAACUGCUAAAGGACACACAGACCUGGAUGGACCUCUGUUCCACAGGAGCGGCUCCAAAGGAGACGACUCCGAUUCAGACAGCGAGCUGUCGGUCGAUGAACACAGCUCCUCCUAUGCCUCGUCCCACUCCUCCGACAGCGAGGACGACGACAUCGACGUCAAGCCGAAGUGGAACAACGAGAGGCCGGUUCACAGCACCCCCAAAGCUGACGGUGGGUCCAAUCACGUGAAGCCUUACUGGCCCACCGAGGCCACCACGGCCAGCGACAGCGAGGACCCGGGCGGGGCCGAGAGGCUCCGGGUGGAGACCAAGGUCAACGUGGAGCUGCACCCCGAGAAUAAGCUCAACCACGUCGGCGAGAAGGAGAAGGAGGCUCUCCAGGAGAAGGACAGACAGACUCCCGGCCAUGCUAACCCGGCUCCUCCCGCCACGCCCAACAGCAACAGCAACCACCAGCCGGAGCAGAGGAAGGGUAUCUUGAAGAACAAGAUCAGCUACCCUCCUCCGCUCACCGACAAGAACAUGAAGAACCGCCUCAGGGAGAAGCUGAGCGACUACAACUCCCCCACCAUCACCUCGCCGCCGCCCAACAACAACAACACGUCCUCGUCUCCGCCGCCUCCCUCCUCCGUCAACAUCAUGGCUCCGCCGUCCCGCACGUCCUCGCUCACGUCCAACGAAGGCGGUCGCCUGGGCAACCACGGCGGUGGCGGCGGUGGCGGUGGCUCCCUCAUUAAGCCGCCGAUCGCCCCGCGGCCUCAGAUCCCCGCCGGCCCGCCGCCAGCCGGCGUCUACAGGGAGACCAACGGGGGCGUGGCCAUGCACUUGAAGUCCGGGACGGUCAACGGAGGGAACGAGUCGGACUCAGACGGCAGUAAUGAGACUUCCAUCUGACCUGUUAGGAAAACCCUGACCAGCCCGCCCUUGUGAGAGGAAGAGGAAGCCGGACGAGCCGCCGAAGACGAGGGGAAACCGAGAGGAGCCGAAAAGCUGAAGACGAAGGGGGAGGCCUGAAGGUUGGGCCGCGGUGGGGAGAAAAAGACUUCCCCGAGCCCGACCUGUCCGUCCGUCCCUCUUCUACAUCUCCUCUCUCUGGAGAGCAGUAUUACUUGCAGACUUCAGGACUGCCUUGGAUUAAAAAAACAAAACAAAACAAAAAAAAAAAAAAAAAACAAAAGCAGAGAUGAUGGAAAUGUGUGAGAAAUACUAAAGGGAAUUCUGUGUCGGACGAAGUGGAGCCACGUGUGCCAAAACCACGACGAAGAGUCAAAAGAUGAAGAAUCCUUCAAGAAAUAAUGAAACAAGAGAGAGACAGUCGGGAGCACAGUCGCUGUGGUACAGUCUCAUCUGUAGUCCAGACCGAUUUCAAGGACUACAAGUCCCUCAAGUGUCGGGUCCAGCCUGUCCUCAAAGACCCCGACACUGAACUGCACUGUCUCACACUAAGUGCUCUUUACUUCUUUUACCUUGAUUUAUUUUUUUUUUAACUCAAAGAAGGGCUUCUGCUGCCUUUCGCUGUAUUUAGAGUGUAAUUAAUGUGUAGAUAAUUUUUU